AUGAUCCAACAUAAUUUUCCUUCUGAACAGACAAUUGAAUCUAUUUCUUCAUACCUCAUUUCUCUUAAUAAGACAAUUAACUUACAUUCAAUAAUAUUAAAUCAUUAUUUAUCUCAUACAUUACAUAUCAAUACUUCACCUCAAGCUAUUAAUUAUCUUUCUCAACAUCCUGAUAAUGAUUUAAUGCAAUAUUUACAAUCUCUUUAUUCUUUUUCUAUUGAAGAUUUUAAUGCAUUCACUUCUCAUACAACUGAAAUAGCUUCACAAGAAGAUUCAACUAAAGAACAACUUAUUCAAAUGUCUCCUGAAGCUUUUGAAAUUGCUGUUGAUUGUUCAGUAGGACGUAUUCCACCUUCACCGUUAUUACCGAUUAUUGCUAAUUUAGCAGCACAAAAACAACUCAGUGAUAUUAAAAUACGAUAUGUUGAAGAACGAUUACCAGUUCCUUAUGCAGUAGCACUUGCAAAAAACAAAGCAGAUGAAUAUGGAGGUAUUGAUGAAAAAUACAUUAAACAAGUUAUUGAAUGGACUGAAACUAGUAAAGCAGAAGUUAUAUACAAUUCAGAUGUAAAUGGAAGAGAUAUUAUCUCAUUAAAUAGAAGUUUAUGUAAUAGAACAAACUUUAGUAUUUUUAUAGUUACAGGAACUACUGAUGUUUUUGGGUCUUUUCAUGGUAAAAGUAUUUCUUCACCACCAAAGAGUAGAUGGGAAGCUGUACGCGAUGACGAUAAAUUCUUUGUUUUUACAUGUAAGAAUUCAUUUGGUAUUCCUAUGACUCGAUAUUUACCAAAUGAAACAAAUAAUUCAUUAGUAAUCUUUCCUAAUAGAGGUACUAACUUAUUUACUAUCUUUGGUUGUUAUCAAAUUGGUCAGUUUGAAUGUUCACCAAUGAAGAAGAGAGAAUUUAUUAAGAAUUUUAAAGAUGUACCACCAUGUAGUACUGAAUUAUUUAGUGGAUUAAGAAAUGAUAAAUUUGUAGCUCAAAAGAUACUUGUCUUUCAAUUAGAAUAA